CAGACCGACAACACUGACAGUUGUUUACGCCGAUCCAAAAUAAACAAACAGUACUAAGAACAACAACCACCACCAAUGAAAAUAGGGCUAAAAUGGUCCAUAUCAGGCAGGCAAACUCCCUACCGUACCAAUUCUACUUCAUUUUGGUAUAAUAUAUCGAACAUGAGAUGAAUAGAGUGAUUGUCGAAGAGAACGUUCGAAUGUUGGAAGGAAUAUUGCCUCAAUACAGCACACACUGCACGGAUGCAGUGAACAGUUGCAACUACCAGCUGCAAGGAAUAUCUUCAGAUCACAAGUUGCGAGCGAUUUCUUCAAAUGUGUGUCUUUUUUUACUUCGGUCUCGCAUCUAACUAAGUAUUUAUUAACGUGGUCUUACUGACUCAUCGUCAAGAUAGGUGCAUUUAGUCACUUUAUUUACUAAAUGAAUUUGUUUUGAUCAAGACUUAUCAUCAUGGCAAUCGUCUUUAUCAUCUAUGUCGCGAAAGACAGUACCCGGCUAUAGUUCGAAUUGUUUUUUAGUUUUAUUCGCGAAUUAUGAAGUGACCGACAAAAAUUCAACAUGUUUAAUGUUACUGACGAUGAUUUUACUGUCAUCAAAUACCCCAAAGUUGCUACAGUGGCUGCUUCGAUCUGUGCUAUUCUCUUUUGUGUUGUUGGUGUUAUAGGUAAUUCUGUUACCAUAUUGGCCUUAUGCAGAUGUCCGAAAUUGAGAUGCCAAGCUACAACUGCAUUUGUUAUGUCACUGUGCAUAUCGGACUUGUUAUUUUGUUCUGUAAAUCUUCCUCUCACUGCAGUGAGGUACAUAAAUGAAGAAUGGACCCUUGGAGACGCUCUUUGCAAACUCUUUCCUGUUUUAUUUUAUGGAAAUGUUGCUGUAUCCCUUCUCAAUAUGGUUGCAAUCACUUUGAGCAGAUAUAUCCUUAUAGCUUACAGCAAAUACUAUGAGCAACUAUAUUCCAAGGCAGGUAUCUGGCUUCAAAUUGUAGCUGCAUGGGGUAUAGCUCUUCUGAUAAUGUUACCACCACUUUUGGAAAUUUGGGGAAGAUUAGGUCUGAAUCCCUCCACUUUUUCUUGUACAAUCCUAGAAAAGGAUGGCAGUUCACCGAAGAAAGUUUUGUUCCUUAUUGGUUUUGUUCUACCUUGUGUAGUUAUUAUAAUUUCAUAUUCAUGUAUAUAUUGGAAAGUUAGAAGAUCGCGAUUGAAUAUGUUGAAACACCAACCAACGAAUAAGAAAGACAGACAAAGCCAGAAGAGAGAAAAAGAUGAUAAUCGACUGACAAAGCUGAUGCUGAUUAUAUUUGUUUGUUUCUUGUGCUGUUUUUUACCAUUGAUGAUGAUGAACGUCUUUGAUGAUGACGUUGCUUAUCCUUCUCUUCACGUUGUUGCUUCGAUUUUGGCAUGGGCAUCCAGUGUAAUCAAUCCAUUCAUUUAUGCAGCAAGCAAUCGACAAUAUCGGACAGCUUAUUCCAAACUAUUUAGAAUCUUUCAGUCCACAGUGGCUGUUUCCAAACCAGGUUCUGGAUCCACCGAUUUUAGAGCUAUAGAAAAAAAUGGACAGCCAUUCACGUCAAAAGUUAAUUUAGACUUCACUUGAUGCCUUCAGGCUUAUACAUGGCUCUUGAAAGAAUAUAUUUUUUUUUCCAAGUGUAAAAAGUACCUACGUUGUACUUUCUGCGAGAAUUUGAAAUUAUUGAUUAAAUUCUCAUAUAUUGUAUGGUUACCACGGAACAUCCGUAUUUUCAAUAAAAAUUAUUUAUUUAUAUACUUUUGAUACGCUUUUGUUACUCUAAAAUAAAAUUAUUGAACACUA